AACCUUAGCCACAUAUUCCUCUGACUUCGUCAACAUUGUCUCAGCUUGUCCUCUCUUUCAUACAUGGUUUCUCCAAGACAAGCCAAAGCAAAGUACCAACCAAGCAGCAACGCGUCACUUCGAUAUGCAGAAAGAGAGUACGAGAUCUUAAUCGGGCAAUCAAGACAGCUCCUCCAUGGAAUUGUACAAGUAAAUGAACAGACGAUAAGUAUUUUGUCAAAGAGGAAGGGAACUUCCAGGAAAGUUGGCGAUAGAAGCUGCUUUACCCUUACCUUUUCCUCUGCUAGAUCCACUUAUUCUCCCCACCUUUUAUACAGGCAUAGCUGCUCUUUCUCAUCCCAAUCCAGGAAAUUCGUAAACAGAAUUUUUGGAAGUCGAAUUCGGGUUCCAUCGAACCGCUAGCUGAUUUGAUGUCCAAAGAAGCAUCUGUUCUUGAGCUUAUCCAGACUGCGAAAUGAAGGUCAAGAACAGCGCUGAAGGUCAAAGCAGCAUUCAUCUGGAUAUUCCUCAGAUUCAGAAGAAAAAUGAAACCAUCAUUUCACCCACCACAAUCUUUGAGCCGCAGACUAGUGCUGGUAGGAGAGACGGAAGCAGCGGGAACUCCGUUCGCCCCACACUGCCGGCUGUUUCGGCCCCGGAGAAGAAGCUGACUCUGUUUGCUCUCCGCCUUGCGGUUCUCGAAAAAGCAGCCACUGGCCUGGGAACCCUUGGUUUUAUCUGGGCAACGGUUGUGCUCCUAGGGGGUUUUGCCAUUACCCUAGAGAACACCGACUUCUGGUUCAUCACCUUCAUUUUAUUAAUUGAAGGAGCUCGAAUAUUCAGCAGGAGUCAUGAGCUGGAAUGGCAACACCAGUCCACUUGGUCAAUAGCUGGUGCUGGAAUUAGCAGCUUCCGAGCGCUCAGAUCGAGCUCCAGAGCUCUAGUUGAAUCCAUGAAGAAUAUGUUGAGUCCCGUAAGCUCUGCUAUGGGGAAGCAAAGUCAACACAGCAGGGAAAUAUCCGAAACUACAGAUGCCAAAAACAUUAGAGAACAGAAUAUGAAAAGGAAGCACACCCGGAUUUGGACUUCUUCGGAAGUUUCUAUUCUACCUUAUGGAGGGUGGGUUUUCCUUUCGAGAAACAUCAGCAAGAUUCUCGAUUGGCUCCAACUCUUAUCUGCGAUAGCCUGCGUUGUACUCUCAUUGAUGAAGCUCAUCAAGCACAAUUAUGGUGAGGCAGCUAAAGGAGACCCGGACAAGAUAAACCGGAAAGCUGCUCUGAUUCUCUUUUAUGCGUUGGCUUUGGCAGACGCUCUGGUCUUCCUGACAGAGAAAGUCUACUGGGAGUGGAACACUGUCAUCUGUAAGCUUCUCGAAGGGGUGAACAAGGAAUGCAAUCUGGGGGCUUCAGGUAUGAUCUCGACUCGGAGAUUUUUCUACGACUCCUAUUCGAGAUGUCUUAAUGGGAGCAUAUUUGAUGGCCUGGGAAUGGAUAUGGUGACUUUUGCAAUGGAUCUCUUAUGUUCAAACUCGCCGGAUGAGCAGCUCAUAGGAGCCAGGAUUCUUCACCGGUUUUCUACAACAGAACAGUUUUCAGAUGACACGCUUCAGAAGAUAGGUACAAGUCUGCCAGUUGUAGAGAGACUGGUGGAGAUAUUAAACUGGAAACAGCCACAAGAGGAAGAAAUCAGACUAGCAGCUGCAGAAAUAGUUUCCAAAUUAGCCGGGAAAAAGCAAAACUCCCUUCGGGUCGCUGGAAUACCCGGGGCAAUGGAAACGAUAUCAUCUCUUCUACACACAAACAGAAGCCCCAGUUCUACAGCUGAUGCAAUUGGCGAAAAGAAAAUCAUCUUUGACCAUGAGGACUAUGGAUACUGGACUUUCAAUAAUUUGGGGUUACUCAUUCUGAAGAAACUAGCCUGUGAUCACGAUAACUGCGGAAAAAUUGGGAACACACGGGGCCUUCUUUCCAAAAUCAUAGAUUUCACUCAUGCUGAUGAAAGAAUAUUGAAGGACUCGACGGUCACCACAUCUCAGGUUUUGACUGUUAAAAGAUCCCUACAGGUUAUGAAGAUGCUGGCAAGCACAACGGGUACCACAGGGAAAAUGCUCCGGAGAGAGAUCUCGGAGAGAGUCUUCACCAUAAGCAACAUAAGAGAUAUUCUACGAUACGGAGAGGAACGACCUGAACUGCAGAAACUAGGGAUUCAGAUCCUUAACAGUUUGGCACAGGACGACGAUGCGACGGAGCGAAUAGGAGGGACCGGCGGAGUUCUGAAAGAACUGAUAAAGAUUUUCUUCCAACAAGGAGUAUUGGAAGAUCAAAGGGAUGUGAGGAUUGUGGCUGGAGAAGCCCUGGCAAUGCUGGCUUUCGAAAGCAAGAGCAACUGUCAUCGCAUCUUGAAGUUAAAUGUAGUGGAGAGGCUCCUAGAAGCAUUGGAGAUUCCGAUUCUUCAUGUUAAUGCUGGAAGAAUUUUGAGGAAUCUAUGCGCUUACAAUGGGCCAGAGUCCUUCAACCAGCUAAGGGGAGUAACAGCAGCUGCACCAACAGUUCUCAAGGCAAUCUUCUCAUCAGAAGGCAAACUACAAGAGGUGAUGGUUGGGUUAGCGGCACAUGCUUUCAAAUUCAUGACAGCAGAAGAAUCGACCACCCUCUUCGAGAGGACGGGGUUUAGAGAAGCCGAAUUAGCUUGCGCUUUGGUCGAGAUCCUGAGGAGCUACCGGAAUCCACAUAUAAAGGUGCCGAGAAUGAGAAGGUUUGCUAUCGAGCUAGCAAUCUGGAUGAUGAGAGAGAACUCAAUAAAUGUGCGGAGAUUCAGGGAUCUGGGAAUGGAGGAGGAGCUUGAAGGAGUCUUGGAUACGACAUCAGAGCUAGAGAGCUUCAAUAUUUUCUCUGGCACCAUUGGACUAAGCAGGCACAGCACGACUAUUCAGUCACUUGUUGAGACCGCACUUGUGCUGCUGAAGAACAGGUUUGAACAAUCGGUAGGUUACUGAGCAAGUGAUGAUGCCAAAUUAUCCAACAAAUGGGAAACAUGAACGUAAGUUAGACUACACAUUUCAUUCUCUAAUUCCAGAAGCAAGGAAAUAAAAGUAAUUGCUUCUUUAGCAACUCCUCCCGGCUUAAUCCUGAUGAAAUGCUUCCGAAAGUUAUUGGCUUCCUUGUUUUUUUUUUUUUUUUUGGUUGGUCAGUAUCAGCUUCCUUGUUUGUUCGCACGGAAUGUGUGCGAUUGACAGCACACCAUAUGCUAGAUGUGUACAUCCACCCCACACAUUCUUUUACUUGUCAAUUGAACUCCUGAACAUGGAAGCAUACCGAAGUAUUGCAUAUACCGUGACGCUGAGCUCAC